GGCAUGGAGGUGGAUGGGGAUUCCGGCGAUUGCGCCGUGGAAAGCGACGGGGGUAGCGGCGCCGGAGGUGCUCCGGAUGCCGUCGCUGGUGCUCCGGAUGCCGACAUCGCUGGCGCUUCUGUGGAGGAAGCGGUGGUGGGUGGGGUAGUAGCGUCUAGGGAUGGCGUGGAGGGGCAGCGAGAGGGCGAGGACGACGAGAAGUUUAUGGUUCGAACCUGCAGCAUGUGCCAGUCCGGGGAGAGGUUCAAGGAGACACAGCUCCACUGUGUCGGGAUAUGGCUGCACGCCCUUCGAUACCAGGGGCCGGAUUGGGCUUUCGAGACCAAGGUGCCAUCGUGGGCGACCUUCUGAUCUUGCUCCCGUACCCGAUAAAAAAACAGCGUUGUUGCUCUUUGUCGGAGGGAGAUCGGGAUAACAUGCGUAGUACAGGAUAUUAGUGGUACAGGGCAAUGCAGAACGUUCGAGGGGAAGUCGUCGGAGAGUGGAGAUUUUUCCGCUGCUGCAUUUGAGCAAUGGGUUGCUGCAGCACGAGGCAAAGUCGUGGUAGACAAGCUCGGGUCGCCCACCCUUGGUGCCGAUAUGCGGGUCUAGUGAGCCUUAUCAUAGAGGCGCCAAACGGACGUGGCUUCGACCCGCGCCCGUUCGUCGGAUGGCCAAAUGCACAUACGCGUGUCCUGUGGUGAGGUAGGUGUAUGUUGGUCGGGUACUGUAGUCGUGGUGGUGGCCUUGAUCAUUUCGGGUUAGAAUCCAGGAGAGUUACCGAGGUUGUCCAUCUCACUUGGGAGCAAGGGGUAGAGGAUAAACCACAAGAUCUAAGCUUCAUGGUACACCUCCACGUACACCCGUGACUAUACGAAAACCUAGGCAGGUAAUGGUUUCGCCCGAAUUUUGAAGCGUCCAGCCUUUCAGAGAUACAUCCCAGGUAUCUCUUGAGUUCCUGCUUCGAAACAAAGACAUGCUGAAAUGGCGCUGGGACGAUGUGCACAAAAAAUGUGGCAUGACCACCUGUAUGACUAGUCUUGUUUUCACAUGAAUAAUCGCCUGACCCUCCAACGCCUACUGUGUCCAUAGUACGUGCCGUGGGCAGCGCGUUUGAUACACAAAAAGUCAAAAUCACUAAGAGCAAGCCCUCCAACGCAGACACAUAUCCGCCGAAUAUUUUUGUUGCCGCAACGCUGACAUUCUCAUCGACAAUAAUAUAGAGCUAAGCAAGUCGUGCGUGCCUACGUAUGCAUAUGUUCACGCUUCUACAAGGCAUCGGCGACAUCAUGUGGACACUCAUCACGCCGGGGGCCCCAUCUACCCUUCGCGUACGCGUAUUUUCAACCCCGACCCCCCCUCCAAUGUGCCUCAUCUCCCAACAUCCGUACGUACUCUGCUGUCACCCCCCC